CUCAAGCUGUGGGGCAAGGGUGGUACCGAAAAUGCGUUUUUCCUCCAGCUAACAAGAAGUGUCGUCCUGAGGAGUGCCUGUUGCUGGAGGACAGUGCAGCCACUGCCACCAUUGCACCUCCAUCGUGCCCAACCGACCGGAAGUGGACAAGAUUGAUUUAUCCUCGGCAGCCAAGAGAGGCUAACAAAAUAUUACUAAACAAGAACAAGAGAACGCAGAAAAGCAAGCGGCACGUCUUUUUUUUUUUUUUAAAGAGUGAGAUGUCUGAAAAUGUUGACAUUUGUCACGUCCGUCAUUCCUGUGGCAGAAAACGCCAACUAUUCUCUCGGCAAUGGGAUGCUCCCUACCCCAAUUGAGCCUCUCUCGAAUCCUUAAAGGAGCAGGAUGAUAAGAUGGCCCAGCUACUGGUACCGCCAGGUCCUGACAGCUUCCGGCCCUUUGUCCCAGAGUCACUGGCUGCCAUUGAGAGGCGCAUUGCUGAAGAGGAGGCCCGGCGACCACGGGCAGAACGUCGCAGUGAUAGCGACGAUGAAAAUGGGCCUAGGCCAAACAGUGACUUGGAGGCAGGGAAGUCACUCCCCUUCAUCUAUGGGGAUAUUCCUUCAGGUCUGGUGUCCACUCCUCUGGAGGACAUGGACACCUUCUACAGCAAUCAGAAGACUUUUAUAGUAUUGAAUCAUGGAAAGGCAAUCUUUCGUUUCAACGCCACUCCUGCCUUGUAUAUCUUGAGCCCCUUCAACCCUCUGAGGAGGAUAGCUAUUAAAGUUUUAGUACACUCCAUGUUCAGCAUGUUGAUCAUGUUCACCAUCCUAACCAACUGUGCUUUUAUGACCCUGAGUAACCCUCCGGAAUGGGCCAAGAAUGUAGAAUACACAUUCACAGGGAUUUACACCUUUGAGUCUCUCAUAAAGAUCCUAGCCAGAGGGUUCUGUAUGGGAAAAUUCACUUUCCUGCGUGACCCAUGGAACUGGCUGGACUUUAGCGUCAUCCUAAUGGCGUAUAUAACAGAGUUUGUAAACCUUGGGAACGUUUCAGCUCUGCGCACAUUCAGAGUACUGAGAGCUUUGAAAACUAUCUCAGUGAUACCAGGUUUGAAGACCAUUGUGGGAGCAUUGAUCCAGUCAGUUAAAAAGCUGUCGGAUGUGAUGAUCCUGACAGUGUUCUGCCUCAGCGUGUUUGCUCUCAUCGGCCUCCAGCUCUUCAUGGGUAACCUGAGGCAGAAAUGUGUGCGCUUGCCGAUUGCUAUCAACGCCACCAACAGCAGCAAUGCUGUUGCCGACCACAUGCUCAUUUUCGACAACAACCUGGCGGCAGAAGUAAACAACACAUUCUUGAACAGCACAGGGAGCAACUCCAACUGGACCGAGUACAUCAGUAAUGAGCGUAACUACUAUUACCUCCCUGGUCGCAGGGAUGCUCUGCUUUGUGGAAAUGGCACCGGAGCUGGGCUUUGUCCAGAAGGCUUUAUAUGUGUCAAAGCGGGUCGUAAUCCUGACUAUGGAUACACAAGCUUUGACACCUUUGGCUGGGCUUUCCUGUCUCUGUUCCGUCUCAUGACCCAGGACUACUGGGAAAACCUCUACCAGCAGACAUUGCGCGCGGCAGGGAAGCCCUACAUGGUCUUCUUUGUGUUGGUUAUCUUCCUGGGAUCCUUCUACCUUGUCAAUUUGAUUUUGGCUGUUGUGGCCAUGGCUUAUGAUGAGCAGAACCAGGCCACAAUUGAGGAGGCUCAGCAGAAGGAGGAGGAGUUCCAGGCGAUGCUGGAGCAGCUGAAGAGACAGCAAGAGGAAGCCCAGGUUGCCGCGGCAACAACAUUGGAGAGCAGGGAGUACAGCGGGAGGGUAGGCCCCGGGGGCUCCACCUCUGAGUCCUCAUCUGUGACAUCCAAGCUCAGCUCCAAAAGUGCAAAAGAGCGACGCAACAGGCGGAAGAAAAGGAAGCAGAGGGAAGAAGAGGAGGAGGAGAGGGGGACUUGCGACAAGUUCCACAAGUCUCAUUCUGAGGACAGCAUCAAGAGAUCCUUCCGCUUCUCCAUUGAUGCCAAUCGACUUUCUUAUGAGAAGAGAUGCUCCUCACCCAAUCAGUCUCUGCUCAGUAUACGUGGAUCACUCUUCUCACCGCAUAGGACCAGCCAAGCCAGCAUAUUCAGCUUCCGUGGGAGAGCACGGGACAUGGGCUCUGAAAACAAUUUUGCGGACGACGAGCACAGCACCUUUGAAGAGAGUGACAGUCGGCGGGGUUCCCUGUUUCUGCCGCGACGCGGCGAACGCCGUUGUAGCGCCAUUAGCCAGACAAGCCUCAGAGUGCCUCGGGUCUUGCUUCCUGCCAAUGGAAAGAUGCACUGUGCUGUGGACUGCAACGGAGUGGUCUCGCUGGUUGCUGUUACAUCUGUGACUACCUCCCCUGAUACAACUACAGACACUGAGGUGAAGAAACGGCACUCAGUUGAUUAUUUAGCUGAACCAGGAGGCAGGCAAAGGGCCAUGAGUGUGGCCAGCAUCCUCACCAACACCAUGGAAGAGCUCGAAGAGUCAAGACAAAAAUGCCCUCCCUGCUGGUACCGAUUUGCCAACACUUGUUUGAUCUGGAAUUGUUGCCCAGCCUGGCUUCAAAUUAAGGACUUUGUCAACAUGGUGGUCAUGGACCCAUUUGUGGAUCUGACUAUCACGGUUUGCAUAGUCCUAAAUACCCUUUUCAUGGCCAUGGAGCAUUACCCCAUGACUAAGGAAUUUGACAAUGUCCUUUCAGUCGGAAACUUGAUAUUCACUGGAAUUUUUACAGCAGAGAUGUGCCUCAAAGUCAUAGCCCUCGAUCCUUACUAUUACUUCCAAGAGGGCUGGAACAUUUUUGAUGGCAUUAUUGUUAGUUUGAGCCUGAUGGAACUGGGAUUGGCCAAUGUAGAGGGGCUGUCUGUGCUCAGAUCCUUCCGACUGCUCAGAGUAUUCAAACUGGCUAAGUCGUGGCCAACACUGAACAUGCUGAUCAAGAUCAUCGGUAACUCAGUUGGGGCUCUGGGGAACUUGACCCUGGUGCUCGCCAUCAUUGUCUUCAUCUUUGCCGUGGUAGGAAUGCAGCUUUUUGGAAAAAGCUACAAGGAGUGUGUCUGUAAGAUAAAUGAUGAAUGUCAGCUACCCCGCUGGCACAUGCACGAUUUCUUCCAUUCCUUCCUCAUCGUGUUCCGGGUGCUUUGUGGAGAGUGGAUAGAGACUAUGUGGGACUGUAUGGAAGUGGCGGGACCUACAAUGUGUCUGACUGUCUUCAUGAUGGUCAUGGUCAUCGGAAACCUGGUGGUUCUAAACCUGUUCUUAGCUCUGCUUCUGAGCUCAUUCAGCGCUGACAACUUGGCAGCAACUGACGAAGACAGCGAGAUGAAUAACUUGCAGGUCGCCGUGGGUCGAAUCCAGCGCGGCAUCGCAUUUGUCAAAUUUGCUGUGCGGCAGUUUCUCCAGAGCCUGUGCUUUCGAGGGGCGGGCAAGGGCUCUAACCUCCCUGAUGAGAGUAAACCCCUGGAAGAACGACACAGCAAUGGAAAGGGCAACUGCAUCACCAAUCACACAGCAGUGGAAAUUACCAAAGAUCCCGAUGGGAUGUACAGGACAGCUGAGGGUAACGGGCGACCAGGAGGAGGCCUGAUUGUCGGAGUCAUUGUUGAUGACAGCCCAGAAAAGUACUCCUUAGACAAAUGUGACUACAUGUCCUUUAUUCACAACCCAAGCCUGACAGUCACUGUGCCAAUUGCGGUGGGUGAGUCUGACUUUGAGAAUCUUAACACGGAGGACAUAAGCAGCGAUUCAUCCGAUGUGGAGGGCAGCAAAGAGAAGCUUGAUGUAGAGCCCAAACCUCUCAGUUCUUCAGAAGGCAGCACCGUGGAUAUUGGUCCCCCAGGAGAUGGGGUUGAUUCCGUGGAAUUAGAACCAGAAGAGUCCCUGGACCCUGAGGCCUGUUUCACUGAGGGAUGUGUAAGCAGAUUCCAGUGUUGCCAGGUCAACGAGGAAGGAGACAGGUUUAAGAGCUGGUGGACUCUCAGAAAAACCUGUUUUAUCAUAGUGGAGCACAACUGGUUUGAAUCUUUUAUCAUCUUCAUGAUCCUUCUCAGUAGCGGAGCACUGGCCUUUGAGGACAUAUACAUUGAACAGAGGAGGACUAUUAAAACGAUGCUUGAGUAUGCAGACAAAGUCUUCACCUAUAUCUUCAUCCUGGAGAUGCUGUUGAAAUGGGUGGCCUAUGGCUUUGUCAAGUAUUUCACCAAUGCCUGGUGCUGGCUUGACUUCCUCAUUGUUGAUGUGUCCCUGAUCAGCCUUGUGGCCAAUGCUCUGGGCUAUUCUGAGCUUACUGCCAUCAAGUCUUUAAGGACACUGCGAGCCCUCCGACCACUGCGAGCCUUGUCGAGAUUUGAGGGCAUGAGGGUUGUGGUGAACGCACUUCUGGGGGCCAUCCCUUCCAUCAUGAAUGUCCUGCUGGUCUGCCUCAUCUUCUGGCUAAUCUUCAGCAUCAUGGGAGUCAACUUGUUUGCCGGGAAGUACUACUACUGCGUCAACACCACCACUGAUGUGGUCUUCCCCAUUGAUGUGGUCAACAACAAGUCUGAGUGCCUGAAUUUUGUCAAUGACAGCGCCAGGUGGAAAAAUGUCAAAAUCAACUUUGACAACGUUGGUGCUGGCUAUCUGGCACUGUUGCAAGUGGCAACAUUUAAGGGCUGGACGAACAUUAUGUAUGCAGCAGUGGACUCUCGUGAUCUGGAGCACCAGCCCAAAUAUGAAGAGAACUUGUACAUGUACCUGUAUUUUGUCAUCUUUAUCAUCUUUGGUUCCUUUUUCACCCUCAACCUGUUCAUUGGCGUGAUUAUUGACAACUUCAACCAGCAGAAAAAAAAGUUUGGAGGGCAAGAUAUCUUCAUGACAGAGGAGCAGAAAAAAUAUUACAAUGCUAUGAAGAAGCUCGGGUCUAAGAAACCACAAAAACCUAUUCCUCGGCCAACAAAUGCUUUCCAAGGCUGCGUGUUCGACUGCAUAACAAAGCAGGCUUUUGACAUUGUUAUAAUGAUCCUCAUCUGCCUUAAUAUGGUGACCAUGAUGGUAGAGACGGACGACCAGACCCCAGACAUGGACACCAUUCUGUACUGGAUCAACCUGGUCUUCAUUGUACUCUUCACAGGGGAGUGUGUACUGAAGAUGAUCUCCCUGCGUCACUAUUACUUCACAAUAGGCUGGAAUGUAUUUGAUUUUGUGGUGGUGAUUCUGUCAAUUGUAGGUAUGUUUUUGUCUGAAGUCAUCGAGAAAUACUUUGUGUCCCCGACAUUAUUUCGAGUGAUCCGUCUGGCCAGAAUUGGACGUAUUCUCCGCCUUAUCAAAGGGGCCAAGGGCAUUCGGACUCUUCUCUUUGCCUUGAUGAUGUCACUUCCUGCCCUAUUCAACAUUGGCCUUCUGCUCUUUUUGGUCAUGUUCAUCUACGCCAUUUUUGGCAUGUCAAACUUUGCCUAUGUGAAGCAAGAGUCCGGAAUCGACGACAUGUUCAAUUUUGAGACCUUCGGAAACAGUAUGAUCUGUUUGUUCCAGAUCACUACCUCAGCUGGGUGGGAUGGUCUGCUGGCACCCAUCUUGAACAAGAGGGAGCCCGACUGCAACAGCCAGAUUGAGCAUCCGGGGAACACUUACAAAGGCAACUGUGGCAACCCAUCAGUGGCCAUCUUCUUUUUUGUCAGCUACAUCAUCAUCUGCUUUCUCAUUGUGGUCAACAUGUACAUUGCCGUCAUUCUCGAGAACUUCAGCGUGGCCACAGAAGAGAGCGCAGAGCCACUAAGUGAGGACGACUUUGAGAUGUUUUACGAAGUGUGGGAGCGCUUUGACCCCGAUGCCACACAGUUUAUGGAGUACAGCAAGCUCUCUGACUUUGCCGACGCCCUGGAUCCACCCCUGCGUAUGCCCAAGCCGAACAUGAUUCAGCUCAUCUCUAUGGACUUGCCAAUGGUCAGUGGUGAGCGCAUACACUGCCUCGACAUCCUCUUUGCCUUCACCAAACGAGUACUUGGUGAAGGCGGUGAGAUGGAUGUGUUACGCGGACAGAUGGAGGACCGCUUUAUGGCCUCUAACCCCUCGAAGGUGUCGUAUGAGCCCAUCACCACGACCCUCCGCCGCAAGCAGGAGGACAUGUCGGCUGUUAUCAUCCAGAGAGCAUUCCGCCGGUACAUGAUUUGCAUGACCAUGAAGAAGGCUUCGGCCCUCUACAAAGAGCAGUUAAAAGAGGGCUUACGAGACCCCGAUAAGGACGUAAUGGUCAUCAGCAAAUACCAGGAGAACUCCACCUCGGACAAAACAGACAUGACUCCCUCUACUGCCUCCCCGCCGUCUUACAAUAGUGUAACAAAAUCUGACAAAGACAAGUACGAGAAAGAGAACAAAGUCAAAGACUUGAAAGAUAAAUAGAUUUUCCGCCCAAAUGUUUACAUCUUCUAAUGGAGGUAGUCAUGUCCUUGAGUGCUUGUGGUUAGGAGAAGGUGGAUUCCCUCAAGUCGAGGAGGGCAAGUACAGGUACGUGAGUUUACAGAGAAUUUAGGACAUCUCUGAAGGGACCGAACCAUCCCUAAGACCCUAAAAAGACUACAGCAAAAUCUUGUAAUUUCUCAUUUGGUCGGUUGGUUGGUUGGUUUUACUGACUGAAACGCUUCACUGUACUGCUAUUUUGUCUGUAGCCAGUGCUGCUGCUGCUGCUACAGUGGAACCCGUUUAACUCACAUCAAGAUAAGCGGUUUUCGACAUGACCAUACCCGAAACUAGCCAAUUUUUGCACAUUUCCUUUGACUUUGUCCAGAGACAUAAGGAGAAUAGGAGAAUAGGAGAUAAACAAUUUUUUCAACCUGUACUAGUUUGUUCACAUGGUUUUCUUCCAUUUGUGCAUAUUUAAUUAGAUUCCUUUGUUUUUGUACAUGAUAUUUUAUACUCUUAGACCGUUAGGAUAGGCUCCAGCUUACCCGCGACCCUCGUUAGGAUAAGCGUUAUAGAAAAUGGAUGGAUGGAUCUAACAGAGCCUAUUUAAAGAUGGCGACUUGUGCAGAGUGUACUCUGCCUUCAGCCCGAGUGCAGCUGGGAUAUGCUUCAGGCUCCCCAUGAACCCGAAAGGGACACGUAGUCGAAAAUGGAUAAAUGGACGAAUGGAUCUAUUAGAGCUAUUUUAGUAAUUCGGUUGUCCAGUAGGUCAUACAUGUGCAAAUCUUUCUUCUGGUGGCUAACAAUAUAAGAAAAAAUAUAAAUGGGUGCAUUUUGUUUGUUACUGGGGUAGAAUUCAGGUUAAUACUGCGUUGCUUUUACUUUGAAGCUUUGCACUUAACAGGAAGUCACUGUGUAUGUUUCAAUGCUGUGUAACUAGACAGUUGGUAUGUUGCUGAUGAAGUUCCCGAUACUGCCACAAGUCUCCCGUCCAAAGGCAAAACCCAGUAACUCAAUUUUGGUAUAAACUGAGCUGAUAAUAAUUUUGGAGUUCCUAGGUGAUAUGCUUUAAAUUAGUGUAUGCGAUAUUGUAAUUUGUUCCGUAAGUAAGCUGUUACGCGCAUGGCAGGACCUAGCAACUACCACAUAACCGCGUAGAUACAACAGAAAAACCUAGUAUCUCAAGGGACCAAUCGGAGCUUCUUUGUCAGUCGCCUUAUUGUCUUUAAUGAGACAUUUGCACGAAUGGGGGCCGACGGUCAACCUGAUUAUGUGAUAUUAUGGCACGAGGGGAUAUUUGGAAGAUUGGCCCAGGACGUUGCAAGCACCUUCAUUAAAUGUAUUGUUCUUGAUUCUUCUCCUUGCAUACUCUUUUGGGCAGAUAACUGUGGAGGUCAAAAUAAAAACUGGACGCUGUGCAAACGCAGAAUGGGGGCCACCCGAGAUUGUGAUAAAAUAUCUGGAGAAAGGGCACGCGUUCAUGAGAGCAGAUUCAAUCAAUUGGCAAGAAAAUGAAAGCUCCAGAAAACAUCUAUACGUUUGAUGACUUUGUAGAUCUUUGUAAGACAGCAUCAAGAUAGAUUGGUUUUCCUUUGUUUUCUCAAAAUCAUCUAGAAGUGAGUUACUAGGUUUUUGCCAUUGGACGGGAGAACUGUCAACCUCAACAGACUGAUUUUUCAUAGAAAUGACUGAAGUGGUGGACCAGGACAUAUAACAAGUUGUUUGACAUGAAACGGGACCGACUUAAACGGGCUCCACUGUACUGUAAAUCCAGUGUCUUGAAUUGAAAAAAUGUGUGGAAUACUCUCGAGUACACAA